UCAAAUCAAUUUGGUCUGGCUCAAGAGGGGUAUGGGUAUUCUUCAGAAGCUGAGUCUAGCUUUGUUCAUCAUUGUCUACAUCUCAUUUGUGUUCAUGACAAUAAGCUCUUCAGCAGCCAUGUUCCAAGAUGGGCGUUGUAUACGUUGUGGUAACAAAAAGUGCUGUGGAGGAAGUUCAUGCCGAAGUAGAAUCGGAGGGAUUGGUGAAUGUAUCGAUCCAUGAGGACCUUGGAGAUCUUGCAGAUGACUGAAUUCUCUGUUCUGUGAAGCUCUUCCUCUUCUUUCUUGAGAAGAAGCUAAAUCUCUGGAAUCCAAAGAAAAACUGGAGCUCUACCUUUAAGCCUGAGAGCAGCUUUGGAUCUGAAUCUCGUCCAAACUCAAUCUGCGGUGGCAAAGCUCGAGCAGGAUCAAAGUUUCUUGAAUGUAGAAGAUACUGAAACAAACGCAGCGGCUUCUUCUUGAGAAGAAGCUAAAUCUCUGGGAUCAAAAGAAAACCGUUAAGGCUUUGGAUCUGGAUCUCGUCCAAACUCAAUCUGCGUCGACAGAGCUCGAGGGGGAUGAAAGUUUCUUGAAUAAUAUUUAUGUAACACACAAUGUAGCGGGAACAUUGUAAUGUCAUUUAAUUCAAUGCUGGAAAUGAGAUGUGCUGCGUUACCCAUGCCCGGCCUUUCUUGCUUCCACACCAAACCAGGGAUGCGGAAUAUGCUCCGUUGCUUCGAGCCUGUGGGAAUUCCAGAAGCCUCGCACACGCGAGACAGCUUCACGCCCGGAUUUGGAAGCAAGCGACGACCACAUUUGUUGAUAACUUGAUCGUCGAAAUGUAUGGAAAGUGCAGCGCGAUCGAUGACGCAUGUUUUGUUUUCGAGAGCAUUCGUAAGCGGAAUGUUUUCUCGUGGACAAUGAUGAUUUCCGCAUUUGCCCAAAAUGGGCAUUUUUUAUCUGCGCGUUUGUGCUUCUGGAAAAUGAAUUUGGAGGGCAUAAAACCCGAUCGAAUAGCCUUGAUUGCGACUAUUGAUGCUUUGGCCGAGAUCGCGUCUGCAGCAGACAUUGUGUUGCUUCGAACUUGCGUUCACGAAUUGGGUCUUGCUUCUGAUCUUGUCUUGAAAAAUGCACUGCUCAAUUUAUACAGCAUCUGGCUGAAUCUACAAGAAACAAAAACUAUGUUCGAAAGACUUGAAACCAAAGAUGUUAUCACUUGGACUUGUAUGAUUUCUGCAUAUGCCCGAAAAGGGCAUCCGGGCGCGCUUUUGCUGUUUCGAAGAAUGGAGCUCGAGGGGAUUGUGGCCAACGGAAUCACAUACAUUGCCCUCUGUACAGCCCUUUCAAAGCUCCAUCCGUAUCAUCACAUUCGAAUCAAUCUCUUGGAUCUUGAAACCCGGAUUUCUCGAUCUGGAUUGCUUCCAAUGGUGUGUUGCAGCUUGAUCGAGAUGUACGGGAAUCUUGGCGACAUAGAGAACGCAAUGCGGGUCUUUACAACCUCCCUAGAACAGCACUGCAAUGUGGUUGCUUGGACCGCGGCGAUCAAUGCUCACACACAAAAUGGAAACCUUCGCAAGGCUUUGGAGAUCUUUAGAAGAAUGGAUCUCGAGGGAGUCAGGCCCGACAACGUAGUGUUUCUUGCCCUCUUGGACGCGUGCAUUGCGUUGCAAGAUCUCAGCCAAGGCAAGCUCAUUCAUGAACGGAUUGUGAGAUUGGGGCUUAAUUCGCAUUCUAACCUUGUAAACACACUCAUCAACAUGUACGGAAAGUGUGAUAGAGUUGACAUUGCGAGAGGCAUCUUUGAUAGCCUCGAUAAGAAGUGUGUGGUUUCUUGGACUGCGAUGAUCACUGCCAAUGCUCAAAACGGGCAUCCGCUAGAAGCCUUUCAUCUCUUUUGUAGGAUGUCCUUGGAAGGGAUUCUCCCAACAAAGAUCACUCUCAUCACCCUUCUCGAUGCGAGCUCGCUUCACUCGGACAUUCUCCGCGGCAAGUUGGUCCACGAAUGCAUCGAAGAUCUUGGCCUCGAUCUCGAGGGCGCUUUGGGGAAUGCUCUUGUCAACAUGUAUGGAAAAUGCGGCAACACGAGUAAAGCUCUCUCGAUCUUUGAAUCAAUGCAGUUGAGAGAUGCCUGUGCGUGGAACACAAUGCUUGCCGCAUAUGCCCAGGUCGGUCAUAUUCACUCGGCAUUUGAAAAGCUCCAGGAAAUGGAGCUCCAGGGAGUCCGCGCGACGGAUACCACCUUCAUCAACAUCCUCUCCGCCCUGAGCCAUGCCGGAUCGCUCCACCGCUGCUGCGACUGCCUCAUCUCAAUGAUCCAGGACUACAAUGUUACACCCGCAAGCGAUCACUACCGGUGUAUUGUGGACAUGCUUGCUCGGCUCGGGCAGCUCCAGCACGCAAACGAGCUCAUGGAACUCAUGCCUUUUGAGCCCACUGCCACGGCGUGGAUGUCCCUUCUCGCGGCCUCCAGGGUCCACACCAAAACUUCAUCCGUGGAUCAAGUUUCUUGGGUGGCUGCCGAGCGGGUUUUCGAGCUGGAGCCCAGGAAUGCAUCUCCAUACUUGGCUCUCUCCAACAUCUACAAAUGCAAGCGUGAAAGAAUCUAGUGACUUGAAAGACAAAAACUAUACAUGUAAGUCGAAUCUAAAGCUCGUGGGAUCGAGCACGACGAAACGAGAGCCUGACCGAUUUCAAGUCGUAGAGGACGUGAUAGUUCUGCUGCAUGAUAUUUCCAAUGAUGUUAAUGCCCCCUCGCCCAACAGUUAAGCAUGCAAGGUCGCCAUCGACGGACAUUACGUUCUCCUGGGGUGGCCGGAGCUCCGCGCCGUUAGCAAAGCGGAAGCUGAUCGAGGGGAACCUGUAAUUUUCGUGGCCCGAGGUGUUGAAGCACUUGUCCAAGUGUGGGACACUCACCUGCGGAAGAUCGACCAUGCUGGCGAAGAUUUCCGUCACGUUGUAGGCACCGGUUAGAGAUGUCACUGGGGAGCCCGAGUCGAAGACGGUCCAGCCGGUGUUGGCCUCAGACCCGGCCCACACGUCGUUCACGUAAACGCUGUGGAGAUAGAGAUUAGACUCGACACUAGAGCUGAAGAGGAGUGGCGUGCUCCGCGUGAUCGAAUCGGCCAGCUCAGUGCUGGGGAUGACUGCAGGGAGAGCGCAGCGUCUCCAAAGAAGAGAGGGCUCGUUUCGCCUUGAGAGAGCCCAAAGAUACUAUCCACGUCUCUCACGGUCCCGGCGUCCUGAAUCAAUGCAGUUGAGAGAUGCCUGCAAGACUGGACACUCCGGGAGCUGGAGGCGAGCUUGCCGAAGCACUUGGCUGGAGAUCUCAGCGACGAAACAGGCAUCAACUUCGGACAAUCGUGUUUUCACUCUCAGCCCUGCUCCAAGUCGGGUGCUCGCGUCCUCUUCAGGCUCGCUUUUGCUCGAGUUUGAAGUUGGCACACACAGCGAGCUUGAUCUCGGCAUCACUUGAAGAGCUCCGGUGGAUUGGUCUCGGGCUCGCCCUUGGCUGACAGCGGGAAUGCAAGGGGAUCCAAUAUGUGAUAUUGCUGGCUGUUUUGGAAGAGAUCUUGAUGUUGCUGUUCCAUUCAUACAGGGUGGUAGGCGAGGCAAUCGAGCGCCGCCACGAUGAUCGAUUCCUCCAGUCCUUCUAACUCCAAAGGGGCUUUGCCAAGGACGAAAUGCCGAGCAGCAUGAAUGCGGGGGAUAAUCUCGUCCGGUGGGCGAUCUAACAAAACGCCAUGGAUUUCGCAAACAAAGAAACCCCUGUCAUAUGGUUCAAGUACAUGGUAUGAUUUUUUUAUUACGGGAACCCGGUUGCUGAGAUGAUGGCUAUCAGGUAAGUGUAGAGGUAAACCGUUGUACAAGACCCAGUCGCAGCCGACUUAAUCCAGUGACAAUAUUAGCAAACAUGGCAUAGACAGAAAGGGACUUGGUGGGGACCGGAAAAAAGAUAUUGGCGAAAGUUA